AUGAAUCGAGUCAAAUAUUUAGUUGAAUUGGCAAAGCAACAGCUGUGGCAAGAUGGCAUUUCUUCAACAUCAAAUAUGGAAUCUAGAUCUCCUAUUGCAGAAAAAACUUAUCAUCCAUAUGAGUUUGUGGAAAGUGAGAAGAGUGUUUCACAUGUUUCUCCAUCGGUGGAUUUAAAUGGAUACUUUGGUUCUUUAAAGGAUGGAAAUGAACUUCUCUCAGAGUGCAAAAGUAGACCCAUGCACAUCAGGAAUCAUCUAUCAGAAUCCCAGACUAUGUUAACUGCAACCGGGAUACUUGGAAACUAUCUUAAUAAAAGUCUACUUAAAGACGAAGUUUUAAAUAUAAUGAAACCGGAUGAGAUUAGUCUUACAGUGAAAAAAGAUGCUCCCCUUUGGCUUUAUGGCGAAUCUCACUUUAAUAGACACAAAAGAAUACAAAUGAACGUUAUUACUUCAAAUAAGAUGCGCGAAAUGGCUCGAUUGAAACUUGCACUGAAAAGCAUGAUCACUUUUGAAAACCUUAUUGAAGUAUUAAAACCUUAUAUGUACAAUGAAUUUGUGGCAGCAGUAAAAAUUAUAAGCGGAUUUGAUUCAGAAUCGCGAACAUUUCGAGCACCUUCUCUAGCUCUCCACAUGGGAACUAAUCUUCAAAAUUUGUGCCUUAUAGCUAAUAAAACUUUAAUGACAAAAGAUCCUCUUUUCGCCAAAAUUGAAUCAACUGAAAUAAAAGUGUUAACUGAAGAAAUUGAAAAUUUGCGCAAUAUGAUAAAGUCCCACUGGUGCAGUGACAUUUCCAGCUUAGCCAACAAGGUUUUAAAUGAGAAUACUUCUUUAAAGCCAAAAAUUAUUCCUUUGACAGAAGAUGUUAAGACUUUUAACACAUACAUUACAUCUACAGCAAAAGAUUCUUUUGAAAAACUUAAUCUUAAAGAGAAUCAGGUAGAAAACUACAAAAUAUUAGCAGAGUGCACUUUAGCAUUAACGUUGAUUUUUAACAGAAAAAGAAUUGGAGAGGUUCAAUUCUUAGAAAUUGCAAAUUAUACCAAAGAAUCGUCGGGAAGAAUUAUUCAACAAGAAAGUGUUAGUACUUUAACAAAUCUAGAAAAGGCUCUUUGUUCACACUUUAAAAGAGUUGUCGUCUUUGGUAAAGGGAGUAAAUCUGUUCCAAUUCUAUUUACUGCACAAAUGCAAAUGUUUGUGGAGGCUUUAUUAAAAAUUCGUAAAGAAACAAAUAUUGUGCCGAAAUCAAACAAAUACCUUUUUGCUGGACCUGGAUCGAAGGAUAGGUGGAUGAUUGGUGGUUCAAUUAUUCGAAAAUAUGCCAUAAAGUCUGGUGCUAAACAUCCGGAACUCCUCACUAGCACAAAAUUCCGUAAACAAAUUGCAACAAUCCUUCAAUUACUAAAUUUUGAGAAAAACGAAAUAGAGCAAAUGGCGAAAUUCAUGGGACAUACGGAGAAAACACAUUUGGAGUUUUAUAGAUUGCUCGAAGACAUUUAUCAAACAGCAAAAGUUGCCAAAGUGUUGCUGCUACUGAAUGCAGGAAAAAGAGACGAAUUUAAGGGAAAAAAAUUAGACGAGAUUCAGUUGGAAGAAAAUGAGUUUUGUUCAGAUUUCAAUAAUCCAGAAACGGAAAAUGCGGAGGAAGAAAUAGAAGGCGAAGACAAUCGGUUCUAUGAAGAACCAAUAUUAUGUUCAACAUCCAAUAAGGAAAAUCCUACAACAGCUUCACCUAUUAAAAAAUGUUCUAAAAGAGUUACUUGGUCCGAAGAGCAGAAACAAAUUAUUCUAAAGCACUUUAAAAAACAAAUUCAACAAAAAAAAUUGCCGAAAAAGGAAGAAUGUCUUGCUUUGAUUGCCGAAAGUGGCGAGAUAUUAAAAG